GUUCACCCAUUCAUUCAUUCAUUCACCUUGAACCCGUGAUGUUUCAUCAUCAAGAACGAAAUAUCAAUUUCAUGUUAAAUUAUUAUGAUAUGAUCUGAGGUCUUAUGAGUGGAUUCAUAUCUUAUAAUAUCGUAUUGUAAAGAUGUGCUUGUUAUGUGCUGCUCGAUAGAGAGCUUAACGGAUAACCUCACUUACAACUUACACCUUCAUCCGUCUUAAGACUCCAGACACUCAAGCAGUCAAUUAUCAGCUGGUCCGAUGAAGUAAUCUCAUAAUUCCACCACAGCCAUGCCUCCUAGACCUCCCCUUCGUCAAUUGGCGAGGUUAUACACCCUAUCCAGCCAACCCUCCAAAUUCCAUCAUGGCCGCCUCCCUCCCCCGGCCCGGCCAAUAUCAACCGCACCCGCUCCGCGUGUCAAGGCCCGGGUUCCCCCGCACCGAAACACAUUCACCCAAAUCCGCUUCACCGAAGCCGAUAUUCCCAGUCUCCCCUUCUGGACCAAACACACCGUCCCACCCUUCGUCCCCAACGGCGAAGUCUCUCCGGCCCAAUGCCUCGAAGCAUGCAAACGCUACGUGCCUCUCGCCAUCGAGAACAAGCCAAACUGGCAGCAGCGCAACCUCUCCCCGACCGUCGCAUCCCCCACCACCCACGACGGCACCAUCCCCUUCUUCACGCUACACUACGCCGCCAUAACCCUCCUCCUCUUCGCCCAGACCCCCGGAAACCGGUCUCUGGCAAUACACAUCCUAGCCACCGGCACAACAGCCGGAUACGCCCCCUCGGCACUAACCCUAGCCCGCCUCGGCCACAAAACCAGCAGCUUGGACAAACCACAGUUUGCGCACGCCAAAGAAGCUCUGGCAACCCUCCUCGCGAGCCCAGACCGCAGCAGCAGCAGCAGCGAGUACCUCCCCGACACGCUAACUCUAGCCGCCCUAGUCCAACUCGCCACCAACACGCGCCCCAGCACCGACCGCGCGAUGCAACUCCUCGAAGACGCGAGCAGAGCGUACGCCGCAGCGGGAGGGAGCGCAGUGUGGCACUGGCGCGCGAGCGGCGUGUUAGCGCUAAGCCGGCUCUUUCUCGAGCGGAAGCAGACCUCCCGCGCGCGCGCUGCGCUCUCCGCCGCCGUGAAAGAGCUAGACGACCCGGAGAUAAGUUUCCGGUACGCGAUGCUGCUCUCGCGGUCGGACGCGCAGCGCCGCGUUCUGGUCCAGCGGGCGGCUGUUAGCGGGGUCGAGGAAGCGGCGCGCGAGAUGGCGAGGGAGACGCGUGAGAGCCUGGAGGAGGAGGGGCUGAGUGCUUGGGAGAGGAAGGCUCGGGGGGUGAUUGCGGAUGAGUGGGCGGGGAUUGCAGGGGAUAAAGGGAUUCUUUGAGGAUGUGCCUUAUGUGUCCUGCUGUGAUAUUUGACGUAUGGACGUUUACCGUGGGGUGUACAGGCUUGGGAUUAAAUAGGGGCGCAGCUUAUACCCUAUACUUAUACCUACGCCGAGAGUACUAAGACGAGAUGAGAUUGAGUGCUGAUUCACUUGGUCUUGUUUACUAAUGUCUGGUUAUACUUAUACUUACGUAGUAGCUCACACCCUAUAUAUAAAAUAGGAGAGGAGAAAGAUAAG